GACGUCUGCUACCUCGCUUUUAUGGCUCAAAUGAGCCCGUCUCUCUACCCCCGGUUAAAGAAUUAUCAACACGAGAAGAAAAGAUGGCCCUAAAAUUUGCGGCGAAUUUGUCCUUUUGUUUUUUAGAACACGAUAACUUCCUUGAUAGAUAUCAAGCGGCAAAAAAUGCAGGUUUCAAGGGUGUAGAAUCAGGCUUUCCACUGGAUAUCCCUAUCAACGAAUUAUACAACACUAGAGAAAAUGUACAGAUAGAACAAGCACACAUGAACGCUUUUGAUGGAAAUUCCAAAGGACUUGGUGCAGUCCCUGGUAGAGAAGAAGAAUUUAAGCAAUGUUUAGAAUUGUCUAUUAAAUAUGCUGAAGCUGUUAAGUGUGCGAGAUUACAUGUGUUAGCUGGUGUCUACCCUGGAAAUGUGGAUAAAACAGAUAACAAGUUAGCAGCUUUGUGGGAGGAGACAUACAUUAGGAAUAUGAGAUAUGCUGCUCAAAGACUUCAAGAGUGUGGGAUCACUCUUUUAGUAGAGCCAAUCAGUUCAAUUCCAGGAUAUUUUUUGACUCACACACAGCAAGCAAUUGAUUUAAUCAAGAAAGUGGGUCACAGUAACAUGAAACUCCAACUGGACUUAUAUCAUCAUCAACGAACAGCUGGCAAUUUGACACAAACUCUGAUUGACUCCAUGCCUUAUGUUGGACAUAUUCAAAUAAGCCAAGUACCAUCACGGAAUGAACCUGAUACAGAUGGUGAAAUCAACUACCCAUACAUAUUCCAUCAAAUUGCAAAAUUAGGAUACAAGGGAUGGAUAGGCUGUGAAUACCAUCCUAGAGGUCGAACAGAAGAUGGUUUAGCAUGGUUAGCACCUUAUCUAGUUGAUUAAAGAAAUAAAGUUUCCCAAAUUUUUAACAGGAGAAGUCAGAUUCCGCAUUCCGGUGACGUGAAAUCAUACUUCGAGAAUGGAGGUGGAAUUAGCCCAGUGGACAAAACUGGUUAUGCCAAUCGACUGAGAACUUUUUAAAACUGUAACAAAAUUUUGGGUGUUCCAAGUCAUACCUCAUACCACAAAGAAGCUGCUCCUGACCUAUUUGUUUUCACACGUCGAGAUAUGUAUAAGAUAGUAUUUUUAAAAGAAAUUAAUGGUAGAUAUAGUUAGAUGUAUUUUUUCUUUGUAUUGUAAAUUAAUGGUAUUAGUUCGCGUUGACGGUGAUAGCGAACUGGUAUUUGUAUGACAAUUACAGUCUAUCUGAAGUUUUCUGAA